ACAAAGUUCAGUAAUAACAGUGAAAAUGAUUGAAAACGGACCAUCAUGGCGUUAAAAACAUCUUCCUGCAGGCUUUUAUUUAAAUUCAUCCAUCAAGGUGUUGUGGCACCGCUCGCUGCCCAAAACGCCCUCCGCUCCGUGCUGGGGUGGAGCUCCACGAGGGGAUACUACAACUCUGGAAAGCCCAGCUACGCUGGACCCGGAGGGGCGGCCCACGUCCGGGUGGUGGACCUCCGUAGCGACACGGUGACCAAGCCGGGUCCGGCCAUGCGCCAGGCAAUGGCGGAGGCCGAGGUGGGAGACGAUGUGAUGGGAGAAGACCCGACAGUUAACGAGUUACAGAAAAUUGCAGCGGGUAUGUUCGGGAUGGAGGCCGCCCUGUUCGUCCCCUCUGGAACGAUGAGUAAUCUCAUUGCAGUGAUGGUGCACUGCAGGGAGCGGGGCGACGAGGUAAUCGUGGGGGACUUGUCCCAUUUACACAUCUACGAGCAAGGAGGUAGCGCUCAGCUGGCUGGCGUGCACUCCACCACGGUGACCACGCUCCCCGAUGGGACGUUUGACCUGGAGCAGCUGGAGUCAAAGAUACGCCACGGUUACCCAGAUCCCCAUUACCCACGAUCACGGCUCGUAUGUGUGGAAAACACGCACAACAUUCAAGGGGGACGUGUGCUACCUCUGGCUUUUCUGCAGGAGGUGCGUGCUUUAGCAGAUCGAUAUGGUCUGUCCGUUCACAUGGACGGAGCCCGGGUAAUGAACGCCGCUGUAGCUCAGGGAGUGCCUCCAUCUGCCAUACUGCAGCACACAGACACUGUUAGUGUGUGCCUCUCCAAGGGUUUGGGCGCCCCAGUUGGUACUGUGCUGGCUGGACCCCAGGACUUCAUAUCCAGAGCGGUACGGUGUCGCAAAGCACUCGGUGGGGGAAUGCGGCAGGCUGGCAUACUGGCAGCAGCUGGAAAACUCUCCUUACAGAAUAUGAUUGGAAGACUGGAGGAGGAUCACGGCAAUGCAAAAAUGUUUGCUCAAGCUCUUCUCGACUGCAAUCCUAACUUGUUCGCUGUUGACUUGGCUGCCGUGGAGACAAAUAUCCUGCGUUUCCGCCUGCAGGAUCUCAGUUUGAGUCCCCGCGAGUUCUGUGACCGCAUGGCUCAGGUUAGCGAGAGUGAGGAGGCUGCACUCGGGCAGGGGAUACAGGUUCUCAUGUACCCUCAUUUUGGGAACUCUGUCAGGGCCGUGUGGCAUCUUGGGAUUUCUCCUGAAGACACUCAGCUGGCCAUCCAGAAAAUGCAGUUUGUGGUUUCUCAGCAUGUAAUGGAAAAUAUCAGGGCCCAGUGAAACCCAAGUCAGGAUGAAACCUAAUCUUAGAAUGAUUACAGAGUAAUGUAGACUGUGAAAAAUGGGACAAACACUACUACAAGCAUGUGAAUCUGUUAAAUGUAAUUAAGCACAGUGUCUUGAAUUUUAUUUUGCGCCCUUAUGAUUUAUCUUUUAUAAAAGAGAUGUGUGCAAAUACAACAAAGGGCACAGAUGAUGAAGACCUUGGUCCAUUUUAACUGUGCAUGUGUGCAGCUCUCGACUGUAAGAAUUUAUAUUAAUUAUUAAUAUACAUUCUUUAUAUUAUAUUAAUGAAUAUAAUAUUGAGGACUCUGUUGGAAAAUGGCCCAUAUUUCUGUGCCCUGCUUAAACUUUAGCAAACUUUAGAAAUCUGUCAACAAUUUUGGCAACUUUUAUUACCGCUGACUUUCUUUAUUUUAUCAAAUGUAAAUAAAAGCAAUAAUAAAAACAUGA